AUGUCCACUACUUUAGAUGAAGACCUUACCAACAGCAGAUUGGUUAGAUACAACGAUAUCCAACCGGAUGUGAUGAAGUACUUGUACAAUGUGAUAUCACCGCAUUAUCCCAACUUGUUUGCCAAAUACUCAACAAAAACUCAUUCUUUUGACGCUUUGAAUAUCAUAGAUCUACUACAUGAUGGCGAAGUACUAUGCCGCUUGGGCCAGCUAGUUAAAUUACCUUUAGGUACAAAGAACCCCACCACAAAAUUCAAGUCAUCGCAAAUGGCAUUCAUUCAAAUGGAGAACAUUUCUUGGUUUCUACAACUUUGCGAGAUGUUGAACUUGCCUCAUGAUGAGAUUUUCCAAACUGUUGAUUUGUAUGAGGGGAAGGAUCCGUAUCAAGUUUGCGUCACGUUGAUGUCAUUUUCUCGUAUAGUGAAUGGCUUGGACCCCAAUGUAUUUGGAGAAGUUAUAGGGCCAAAGAAGGUCAAAGUUAAGCCUGUUGUGCCGAAUAAACCAAGAAGUUUAAAGGACUGA